AUGGAGGGCUUCCAGGUGGUGACCACCGAGGAGGUGGUUAGCGAGGUGGACAUCUUCACUUCGGCCACUGGCAACUUCAAGAUCAUCACGCUGGACCACAUGAAGAAGAUGAAGAACAACGCCAUCGUGUGCAACAUCGGGCACUUUGACAACGAGAUUGCCAUGGAGGACCUUGAGAACUUCCCCGGCAUCAAGGUGGAGAACAUCAAGCCUCAGGUGGACCGAUUCGUUUUCCCUGACGGCCACGGAGUCAUUGUGCUGGCCUCCGGCCGGCUUGUGAAUCUGGGAUGUGCCACUGGUCACCCGUCCUUCGUGAUGUCCUGCUCCUUCACCAACCAGGUGUUGGCGCAGCUGGACAUCCUGGAAAACUGCACCAAGGCGAAGAAGUACAAGAACGAUGUGUACCUGCUGCCCAAGCAGCUGGACGAGAAGGUGGCUGCACUGCAUCUGCCGGCGCUGGGUGCCCACCUUACCAAGCUGAGCAAGGAGCAGGCCGACUACAUUGGCGUUAAGACAGAUGGCCCCUUCAAGCAGGACACCUACCGUUAUUAG